AUGGAUCAUUGCUUCAACCUAGAAGAUAUCUUCGGCGGAAACACCACCCAAGGUUUCGUCAACCAAAGCGCCUACCCACCCUUCUCAGCCACGGCAGGCAUCAACUGGUCGGUAGAGAACGCCGCAUUAUACAACCCCCAAGCGAACUACACCAAUGUUCUCUACCACCUACACGUGCCAGGAGCCAAAGCAGCCGAACAGUACGCAGAUCGCCGCGUGAACAUUUACCCUGCUAAAGACUGUUACAACGCGGACCCGAACAGCGACGCCACCAUGCCACCACUACUUCCCUGGUAUGGCUACGACUGCGUCAGUGACAGAGAUGGAAACUGCGGCAGGAUCGAGUAUGAUGUCCGCAGCUUCUACCUCCUACCAGGCACAAGGGAAAGGGAUCAGUCAGGCCGAUGUUUAUUGUCUGCGAAAUGGGGUGCUGCCUCGAGUAUUUACUCGUCUUCUCGUGUCAUUUUAGGCGCCGCUUUGAGCGCGUCUCUGGCCAUCUGGUAUGCCUGGUAG